AAAAGAGAGAGAGAGAAAAAGAGAGAGAGAGCAGCUCUUAUUACUGAGUCUCCUCCUCGCCUCCUCACCUCAGCUGCUGACAAGUGGAGUCGCCUGUUAACUUCAGUCUAACUCGUAAAGGAACAAACACAAGAGGAGAAACUCAUAGAGGCGCUCAUAAAGAGUCUCCAGAAGCGACCGUCGUUGCCUGACAACAACACCGCUGUACAUGGACAGGAGGAUGAACUUGAACGGCAGCAGCUCGGUUGGGGACAUUUUUCACAAAACUCUCAGCGCCGUGUCCACCAAGAAGAUGGACCCUUUCAUCAGGUCCGAGAUGCCGGCCAGAGACCGCCAGUCGUCACCGAUCAGCUGCUUCGACCAGACCGACCAAGACUCCAUCCAGCCGGGUGGACUCGCAGGAGGUAGAGGCGGACCUCUGGGUCUACCCACCGGAUCUUUGUGCGUCAAUUUCGGCAGCGACAGCGCCAACCGGAUCUCUGCAGCGGAGAGCAGUGGAGGUGAGAGUCCGGAUGAUGACAGCGACGGCCGGUGCGACAUGGUGCUUCUAGCCGAUGGCAGGACGGUGCCCGCGGUUAAAGGAGAAGGAGGUAAGAAAACCAAAGAGCAGAAAACACUUCGCCUGAACAUCAAUGCAAGAGAGAGACGACGGAUGCAUGAUCUGAACGACGCGCUGGAUGAGCUCCGAGGAGUCAUCCCUUACGCGCACAGUCCGUCGGUGCGUAAACUCUCCAAAAUUGCAACUCUACUGCUCGCCAAGAACUACAUCCUCAUGCAGGCGCAGGCGCUGGAGGAGAUGAGGAGGCUGGUGGCGUAUCUCAACCAGGGUCAAGCCAUCUCUGCUGCGUCGAUACCGGCCACCACUGCGCUCUCAAACCCGAAUUUGGUGGGUGCGUACGACGUGCCGCCUGGAUAUCCUCCCUUUCCUCCCGGAUCGGCUGCAUCUUCUAUUCCGGAUAAAUGUGCCCUAUUCAACAACGCCACCUCCAGCCUCUGCAAACAGUGCACUGACAAGCCUUAGAUGAGACUCAGAGAGAAGCACAUGGGCACCACUUUUAAAGAACACUUUUUGGGGGGGUUGUUGAAGUCAGUAGAGACAAAGAAGUAAUGCAUAUGAAUACUUUUAUAAUAUUUACUAAAAUGCAUUCAAAACGCGCUUCUUUUUUUGUUCAAAACAAUACUUGAUUAUGUAUAUAAAAUCAUCCUUAAAGUGCUGGUAUGAAUGACAGUGAAGACCAAACACAAGGCCUGAGUGAGUUGUUGAUCACUUGCUCUGUUAUAUGGACCCUUUUUUUUGGAGAUUUUGGGUGACCUGACAACCUGCGACUUUUUUCCACUUUAAAGGUCCCAUAUUGUAAAAAAAAUGAGAUUUUCAUGUCUUUUAUAUUACAAUGCAGGUUAAAGUGCCGUAUAAAUCCUGUUAAACUAUCAAAACGCUCAAUAUAUAAGGAGAAAUACACACAGCCCUUAUUCAGAAAUUGUGUGUUUGAAAACAAGCCGUUAUGAUUUCUGUCCAUUUGU